GCCGGCUCUAUAAAGCCCCCAGGGCUGAGUCACAAACCCCGUCACUUUUCCCAGACAGAGACGAUGCUGAUCCUGAUCCUGCUGCCUGUCGUCUUCCUCCUGCCCCCCGGGGCUGGCGCUGGUGAGAUCGUCGGGGGGCAUGAAGCCAAGCCCCACUCCAGGCCCUACAUGGCCUUUCUGGAAAUACAACGCGGAGACACGAUUUUUCACUGCGGCGGGUUCCUGGUGGCGGAGAACUUUGCGCUGACGGCCGCUCACUGCCAGGGAGACAGCGUCACUGUGGUUCUGGGAGCCCACAACCUCAGCCAACGGGAACGGAGCCUGCAAGUGAUCCGAGCGCGACGGCAAAUCCCCCACCCGCAGUACGACAGGGAGACGAGGAACAACGACAUCAUGCUGCUGCAGCUGCAGCGCAAAGCCCGUCGUGACGGGUACGUCAGCCUCCUCCCCCUGCCCGAGGACCAGCAGCGCGUGAGUCCGGGGACCGGUUGCAGCAUCGCCGGCUGGGGCCGGACCAGCGCCGCCCACAAUCUGACCUCAAAUGUGCUGCUGGAGGCCGACGUGGUGGUGAUGCCGGACGCCGACUGGCUGUGGGUGGGGGACCCCGCGGCGGGCAGAAGCUCUUUUGAGGGCGACUCUGGGGGCCCCCUCGUGUGUGGGCAAAAGGCCCAGGGCAUCGUCUCGUGGGGAUCCACCGAUGGCAUCCCCCCGGCUGUGUACGCGAGAGUCUCCACCUUCCUGCCCUGGAUUCAGGAGACGAUGAGGAAGCUGCAGUUCUGAGCCACCGGAAAGCACCGAACAGCCUAGAAUUGCACCACCGCUGUGUCGUGGCUUGGCCCAGGUGUAGGACUGCUUUGCAAUGGGGGGCUGAGUCCCCGUCCCCUGUCCUACCCAAGCCAUGGCUCUCUGCUCAGGCAGCGCCAAAGCCCUGGGCAUCAAGGAAACUCCGGGAAGGGAACGCCAGGAAAGCCGGGCUUAACUGCUUGCACGUCAAUCCCCGGCGCUGAUCAACCGCUUCCCUCCUCCCCUGCCCUGCCGCACGGCCCACA